AAUGCUGCAAAAUUCUGUAAUGGGAACAUUAAUAUUUGUGGUUUCUUUGUAUACUCUGUCUUCUGGGUAUCAUAUUACAAUUUCAGGCAAAAAUGGUGGAGAUUAUAAUAAGUGUGAUGAUUCAAAUCUACAAAAAAUGAUGGACUACGUUAACUCGAAAAUUAAAAAACAAACACAAAUACUAAAAGAUGUAAUCGUCAAAAACUGUCAAGGGAGAAUAAGUGAAAAAUGUGUCGAAGACGUUGCACAUAAAAAGCUAACAGGUCAAAGUUCAACAUACAGUCCUAGUGCACAGUAUAAUUCUAGUCACGGUGUAGAUGGACUAAUGCCAAGUGGAAUCGUAAAUAUGGUAGUUACUAACAGUGAAAGAAAACCCUUCUGGUGGGUAAACUUGGGAAGGGAAUACCUAAUUGAAAAAGUAGAAAUGUGGAAUCGUAAAGACUGUGCAAUUUGUGCUAAACGAACUCGAAACAUGGAUAUAACUGUUGGGUCAACUUUAAACGCUAUGAAGUUAUGUGCACACUACAAAGGUCCAAGUCAUACAGGUGAACACCUAGUUCUCGGAUGUACCAAAAGAAUGAGAGGCCGUUAUGUCAAGCUUCAAAUCCAAGAGACGGAUUACUUGAAUUUUCUUGAAGUCAAAGUCUUUGCUUUGAAAACUUGUUCAAAUUGAA